GCGGGAGGGACGGUAGCUCAGCAUCACAGAAAGGCUUAGCAGAGUUGCCAGCUUUCACCAUACACUGAGCCCUUGCUCCCGGAUUCAUGAGAGCCUGGCUCUUAUACCAGUAUAACCAUGUCCCUUAGAGGUGUGAGCUGGUGUUUAACUAGCACACCUCUAUUAGCACCACCCUCACGCGGGCGGACGCGGUUCUCCCGGUGUUAAAGCACCUGAUACCAGGGCAGCUCAUCCCCCAGCACGUUUAUAGCGUGUCACUGCGACCACACUGGGCGGGUUGCGCCCCUGGCCCCACAGCACUGGGGUAGCCGAUGCAUCACAGCUGGGGCCUGCAGACAAGGCUUUCGCUUUGCUGCUAUGAAAGUGAAGACUUCUCCAACCUCAGAUUCAAGGUUUUGCUUCUCUGAUAACUAAAUUUACAAGAAGUGGUGAGAUAAGUGGGUCUUGCUGGGAUGGAGCAGAAUCCCAAGACAGAGCUGAAUGAAAUCACCAUAAGCCCUUCCCAGUGCCCUAAAGUAAACGUGGAUGUGUUGCAAAUGGAGCAGGAGUUAAGCUUCAGGAAACUAGUAGAGAGUUCAGAGUGUCCAGAACAACUGAAAUACGACUUCAACAAAAAUGGUGAACUGAAGCAUCUAGAUACCAAUGAGCCCUUUGUCUUUAAUUAUUACAAAAAUGCACAUGAGAGUAACCAUAAACGCUAUCAAGUUCUGGGGCACCUUAUAACACAGUAUGUUUAUGAGCUCCUGGAAAGAGUCUGCAAGCUUCAGAAAGUUCACAUCCCAACAGAUGCUACAGAAGAUGAACCCAGGAGUUUCUUUUUCAUCAGCGAGAAAGCAUUAACUAAUUCCUCAAGCCUAAUCGUGCUCCUACAAGACCGUGGAGUCUUUCGGGCUGGUCAAUGGGGGCUAAAGACCAUAAUCCAUGAGGGCCUGGACCAUGGAACUCAAAUACCAUUCAUUAAAACAGCCCUUCAGUGCUAUGGGGGAGUGAUUGUUUUAAAUCCCAAUGACAAUUUCAUUGAUCUGAAGAUGGAAGAUGAGUGGUUAAGUUUAUCUACCAAGGAAGAAUCUUCCACUGUAAAUUCCUCCUGGUGGAUCCCAAAGAGGUGCAGCAGCAGCUCCGAAGAGCACACCAUUUACAUUUGGGAUAAUUUUAUUUCAAAGAGCGCAGCCAAGAAUGUGGCCUUCAUUGCCCAUGGCUAUGGAGGCUUGGUUUUCAUCAACCUGCUCAUUCAGAGAACAUGGGAAGUGAUGAAUAAAGUGUAUUCUGUGGCACUUAUUGACUCCAUGCACCACACGUUACACCAGGUGAAAAAUAAUCCAGAAGUGCAAGAAUGGAUACAGAAACAUUGCCGUGAAUGGGUAACAAACAGUAAACCUCUAGAUAGACCCACAGGUUCCCUUGUGAAAGUGGACUGUCCUACAGUCUCUGCUGGGACCGAAAAAUACAGUUUAGCACCAUCCUCCACCUUACAGGCCAUUUUCAAGUACCUGAAGAGCACACUGAAAGCUAAGAACACAGUAACUUUAUCUCGUUCUCCUAUUGUAACAAGGAGCAGUAAAAAGAAGAAGAGAGACAAUACAUGCUGAAGUAUUUUUCAGGACUCUUCUCCCUCUUUAAAACCACUCCAUGGAAGCUUGAAACUGAAGCUGCCAUGUUGGUUUCCUUGCACUGCAGAGUGAUUUAUGGCCAUAAGGGUGGUAUUGCAUUUCUGAUUUUGAUUGUUGUUGAAAAACUAAUUGGGAGAACAAAUAAAGUUAUCACCAAACAUUA